AUGGCAGACGACCUGGAUUGGGCAAGGUAUUCUGCCAUACUCAGUCAGCAGAAAGCUACGCUCAAGCGAGCCCUGGCACACAAGGGCAAGAAGCCUCCGGACGCAUCGAGGCGUUCUCGACAAGAACUGAAGCAAGAGUUUGAAAUGGCCGCGUUGAAUUCCAACAUGACCAGCUCUAUGGGGCCGAGGAACCAGAUCAGGUCUUGCUUCAUCGGCGCGGCUUAUACCCCCUGCACCGUCCCCCCUUUCGACUCUCGCGCCGAUAUUGCUUCAAUGCCAUCGAGGAUGAGGUCGGUGACGUCGAUUCGACUCGCCAUUUACAACCUUCCCCCGACCGCUGAUGCCGGCGCGGUCCUCGCUAAAGGUGCAGUAGUCGCGAUCAAGAAGCCCUACUGCAAGCGGACUGCCGACGGUGGCCUCUUCGUCCGAGUAGACCACCCGAGCGAUUUCGUGCGGCUCAGGCCCGGCAACAGCAUCAUCCCCAAAAGCCUGGCCACUCAUACGACUGGGGCAGGCCCGUCCGUGCUUCGACUGAAGGAGGAUGGCAAUGCGGCGUUCAAGAAGGGGAAUUUCGAAACAGCGGUUGACCUCUACUCGCAUGCGCUGGAGAACAUGGGCGACGUUGAUGACAACCUUCAGCGGGAUCUGUGGCGGAACCGGUCCGCAGCCUAUCUGCGUCUUGGUCGUUGCGAACUGGCAAUUGCUGAUGCCUUGGCUUCCAUGGUCCGAACCAAGCGAGAAAGCACUUCCGAAGCCGCGCUCGAGCUUGACAACAAUCACCUGCUCGGAUCGAGAGACGAGAAGGAAGCAGGCGCUCGGGAGGCCGACCGAGAGUCUAGCACGGGCAUUUGGCUUCGUGCGUCCUACGCCAACCACUCUUGCAUUCCGAAUGCGACCCGCGCCUUCGUCGGCGACAUGAUGAUUGUGCGCGCCACGCGCGACAUCCCAGCCGGAGGGGAGAUUCUCAUGGGAUACGCAGGCCUAGACAAGCCCUUUGCCGAGAGGCAAAAGAAGCUCAAGGCCAGCUACGGCUUCGAAUGCGACUGCGAGCUGCGCCGCGCCGAGGCAGAGGUUUCCAGCGCCACGGCCAAGACGCGUGCUCGUCUCCGCAAGGAGAUCCGCUCGUUCCUGUCUGCAAACCCUCUACGCGCCAACAUGUCUGACAGGCUCGCCCCGAGCAAGAAGGCAAAGGUGCAGAGGCUCCUGAGGGAAAUGCAGGAGACUUGUCCGAACCCCCACUUUGAGCGGCUGCCGCGACCCCUAUGCGAUGAGAUUGGUCUCCUUGCGGCCAUCAUUCAGGGCGGCAGGGUGAUUGUUGCCCGUCGAGUGGCAAUUCAGGGAAACGAGGCAAUCGUCGCUGCAAGGUAUGCAUCUCAGUGUCUGGUGGAAAUUGGCAACAAAGGUGCAGCUCUGGCGCUGGAGGUUCUGAGCAAAGAGAUCUAUACUUGCAUUUCUGGUGCUGAGGACGGUUUUAUGGAUGAUUUCGGGUGGGUCAGUUAG